CCACAAAAUCCAGCAAGGAGACCUCAAAGACGCCACCACAGCCCCAGGACUCCUAGGGUGAUUCUCCUCCCCAGUCGGAGGGCAUGGCGUCUGGGGGAGGUGUGGAAGACGCUCCUGCAGAUGACUGGGGCCUCCCCCUGGACAUUGACAAUGUCCACAUGCUACUGCAAGUGGAACAGGAACAGAUUCAGAAGAGAACGUUCACCAACUGGAUCAAUGCUCAACUCUCCAAGAGGAGCCCCCCCUCUGCCGUGUCCGACCUGUUCUCUGACCUGAGGGACGGAGCUCGCCUCCUGGACCUGCUGGAGGUGAUGAGCGGCCAGCCCAUGAAGAGAGAGCGGGGCCAUGGAAUAUUCCAGCAGAGGGGUAACAUCGAGUCGGCCCUGAACUUCCUCAAAAGGAAAUCGGUCAAACUGGUGAACAUAAACAUCCCUGACAUCAUCGACGGAAGGCCCUCCAUCAUCCUCGGCCUCGUAUGGACCAUCAUCCUUCACUGUCACAUUGAGGAGCUUGCAAGCACCCUGUCCUUCAGUUCUCGCCACUCUUCUCUUGACUCAUUGGCCAGCCUGGACUCACGCUCCAAUAGCCCCGCCCUCGGCAGCCCCACCCCCAGCAGCCCCACUCCUCGGGGGCGGGCAUCGCCCCUCCAUGCCCGCUUCCGUGUCUCGGCCAAGAAGGCCCUGUUGAUGUGGGUCAGGGACCAGUGUCAAAGGGCUAACUGCCCCCUCAGCGUGAAGGACUUCAAGUCCAGCUGGCGUAGCGGCGUGGCCUUCCUGGCCAUCCUGUGCUCCAUACGCCCCGAGCUGGUGGACCUGGAGCUGGUGGACCUGGCCCGGGCCCAGACCAGAAGCAACCUGCACAACCUGGAGGAGGCCUUCCGCCUGGCCGAGCAGCAGCUCCGCAUCCCCCGCCUGCUGGAGCCUGAGGAUGUGGAUGUGGAAAACCCUGACGACAAGUCCAUCAUGACCUACGUGGCCCAGUUCCUCCAAUACUCCAACGACUGCCCCGUGCCCGACGACGAUCUGCAGCUGUUCACCGUGGCCCUGCCCACCUGUCUCUCUCCCGUCAACCUGCCCUCUCACUUCACCCCGGCCAUAGCUGUCUCUCCUCUCUACCAGGCCUCACCCAAUCAAAGGGCCCGAGAAGUGACCAGCUGGCUCCAGCGAGCCUAUCAGGAGCUGCUCGAGUUGUGGGCAGCCACCGAGAAGGCGAGCUACGCAGACAGGCAUCAGGCGUUCCAGGGCUUCGUCGUCUCCUUCAGCGAGCAGAGGCGUCCCGUGGUGCCCCUGCUCGGGGCCAUGAGACGGUGCCCUGAGCCCAGCCAGGAGCAGCGGGCCCUGAGGGCCGCCUGGGACCGCCUGGAGGACAAGCUGCGUCAGUGUAAGGCAGAGCUGGACACGUAUUUGCCGGCUCCACUGGACUCCGUGGGGGUGUGGCUUCAGCGGGUGGAGGCGGUGCUAAUGGAGGAGGGAGGGGCAGCUCAUGACCACGCCCACGCAGCCCGAGAAGCCAGAGCCAAACAGGAAAAGCUCAAGACGGCGAUACAGGAGAUGAGUCAUCACCUCGACACCCUUCACAUGUUCCGUAACGCUGACUCAGAGAGCGGCGGCGUCCUCGUGCCCGUGGAGAAGCUGGAGGAGAUCAAACGACGUUUCACCAAUGCACGUGUUACGGCAAAGUACCAUGGGAUCAAGCUGGAGUACCAGGAACACCGGCACACUGUUCUGGAUCUGCUGGAACAGAUCAACGCCAAGCUGCGCUCCUGGAAAGGUUCCUACACUUCCCACGAGGCCUUGCAGCAGCUCCUGCAAGACUGGCACGAAACAGUGGAUCGCCAGGGGCUGGUCUCCCAUCUGACGGACGCCCUCCUCGAGAUGCAGCAAACCGCCGCGGCCUACACCAGCAAGGCAGCCCUAGGUGAGGACUCUCAGCUGGUCAGCCGCCAGGUGAAGGAAGCCGAGAGUGAGACGGCCUCCACAGCGGAGGCCGUGGCGGCCGUCAGGGGGUCUAUGGAACGUGCUCUGGCGGCCUGGGAGGGCUACAGCAGACGGCUUCCUUCCCUGCAGGUGUGGCUGGCUCAGGAGGCUCAGUCACAUCCGGAACCAGCUGGUACAGAGGGAAGGACCCAACGUAUGUCUGAGUGGAGCGGCCGGCAGGCUCACCUGAACGAGGUGGGCAACUUCCUCAUCGAGGUGACGGACUCGACCGCCAGCCAUGCCAUCUCAGAGCAGCUCAGCCGGAUCAACAUGCAGUGGGCCGACUACGUUAAGAGGACUAUGUUUGAGGCAUGCAGCCAGCCCAGCGUGGGCCCCCGGAGUGCCCAGGCGGUUCAGGCCCUGGCCCAGGAGGCAGGCUGGCUCCUCAGGGAACCCCUGGAGGUGGCAUCAGGCCCUCUGAAGGCCUACAGGAAGAGACUGCAGCCACUGAGUAAGAAGAUCAUGGAGGUGGAUCUGUCGUCCCUCGGCCCCUCAGCAGAGUGUCCUGAGGGGGCCGUGGAGGAGCUCCGACACACCCUGCCUGAGCUGUGGCAGACGUUGGCCAAAGCGGAGCGGACGUGCGCAGAGCUGCAGCGAGCCACGUCCAUGCUGGAGGGCCGUGUGGCCGAGCUGGUGCACUGGGGCACGGAGGCCAGCGAGGGCUACCUGCACCCCAGGGAGAGGGAGCGCAGGGGACACCUCUCCCUGGAACCCAGGGCCAAGGUGCUGCUAUCCCGUGGCCUGCAGCUGGAGGGCCAGGUGGUGACCGAGGCCCAGGACCUGCAGAACAAGGUGACCUGGGCCCAGAGGAGCUCCCCCCAGCAGCACCUCAGCGGGGUCUCCAUGCAGGACAGGGUCACGGAGGCCAUCGCUCAGUCCCAGGAAAUCUUGGAGAUGCUCAGCUCUCUGAGUUCGAGGCCGGCUUUGGAAUCCGUCACCGACCAACCGCCGGCCAAAGUGGUUGUUCGGUCACCAACACAGACAGAGUCUCAAAAUGGAGUGUCUGGUGUGGGUGCAGUCAGAAGUGGACAACACAGUCAGAGUGGACCAGCAUCCCAAGUGUUUCCUCCAACUCAACCUCCCUCCUCGCAAUCUCUACCUGGGACGAUGACCACGGGGGCGCCACGGAGACCUCCACCCAACUACACCUUCGAUAGAGACACGGCCACUCAGAGCGCCUCAGUCGAGACCCCAAUUGAACCUCAAGCGCGGUGCCGUCCGGCACAAACUCAAACCGAGCCUACAGCUCAGCGCCUAUCCCAUCUUCCAUCACUAACCAAAUCCCAUGGCCAACCUCUGCCCCUAAGUCACAGCCAGCAGCAGACACUCUCCCAAAACAAACCUCUCCCCCAAACUACAACUGGACCUAACACACAGGUCCAAACAUCAAGCCCUACUCUACCUAAAAUCAGGUUGAAUCCCUUUAUGAGGACAUCCGAGAGCUUAUCCACCUCACAAGCCCAACUCCAGGCUGCAACACCACCCAAACAAACUCCUAAAUUCAGAGUUGGAGGUCAAACCAAAACAAGCCCUCAACAGUGUGGCAUCCAAGCGGCUCCACACCCACCUGUAAUGAUCAACAGUGAGGUUCACUCGAAAGCCCAAGCCAUGGCAAAGAGUCGGCUGGAGAAGGCCAAGUUUGUCCUGCAAGAGCACAUCCAGCAAGCCAUUAAUCUCUUCAGUGACAGAGAGAUUUCUGAAUGGCAAGCCAAACGAAAACAGAGGGCGUUGGGGACUUUGCGGCCCGCCGUCCUGGAGGAGUUUCUGGGGGCGGUGGAGGGCCUGGGGGCCUUCUACUCCGGGGUCCAGCUCCGGGACCUGGAGCUGCUGUCUCGCUCAGUUAGGAGCCAGUGGGAGGAUGUCCGUUCGCAAAUGGCCGCCUUUUUACCCCUCUUGUGGUCUGAGAUCCGAGGAGGACCGCCGCCUAACCCUGUCAUUAUGGGAUGUGAGAUGCAUGCUAACAGAGAUGCCCCUGACCCUGAACAUGUAUCCAUUCAACAGGCUGACUGUGGGUCACUGUGGUUCCAGGCCUGCAUCCCUACUGAGGGAGAGGAGCACGUGGAGGGCCUCAGGGGGCUGUGUGAGACCCUGUCCCCGGGGAGCGGGCCCCACACUGCUACAGCCCAGCUCAGAGAGUCCGGAGGCAGGCUGCAGAGUGCGCCUCAACCACGGCAGCAACACGUGGGGAGCAGCACUCCGGCACUCCCUCAGGACAGUAGGGGGCGGGAUGUGGGAGGCCACACCCCACUGAGGAAGCCUGGCCCUCAGGCUGGCCCACAGCAGCCAAGCCGAGACCGUCCACAACCACAAACCAGGGGUCUGCUUGGAACUCAGCAGAGGCUGGAGCUCCCACUGCAGGCUGGAAGCAGCCCAGCUCCGGAACACCCACGACAAGCCCAGAACAGGUCUCUGAAGGACAGCCAAUGGCAAGCCCUGGAGCGCUCCAGCCAAACUCAAGACCGUCCCGUGAAAGUCCAGAGCCACCUUGUGCUGUCCCGGACCUGCAGCCAGGGAGGCCCGGCUCACCCGCAGGCGAUCGUCAGGGGAGACACCGUGCAGAGCCAGCAGGCCCCCGAGCGGACCGUCAUCCGGUUCGCCCCCCCCCCACAGGAAGAGGGGUCGUCGGAUCAGGAAGUCCUGGAAAGAUACCAAACAUCACGGUGGGCCUUCCAGUCUCAGCUGCAGAGGAACAGGCAGUGUCUGGAGGCAGACUUUCUCCCAGAGACCGUCACCGUUCCUGUGUUGCGAGGGCUCAUCAGAGAGCUGCAGGCUCUCAAACAGGACACCGAGGGGCUGUGGUUUGAGUUUGAGCUCCAGCACUCGCAGCACACCCAGUUCUUCCAGUCCUGCCGGGGCCUGGAGGAGGAGGGGGACGCGGAGCGCGACAAGCCGCCGCUCACUCAGCAGUGGAGGGGCCAGCAGAUCUGUCUGCAGACCAGAAUGGCCUCUCUGGACACCACGGUGGACCUAAUGGAAUCGGCAGACUCGCAGAUAACUCUGAUCUCAGAUGAGCUGGAUCGUAUCACCAGCAAGCCUGUGGACAUCUGCGGCUUCAGCGUCACUGAUCCCAGGACUGUGGCUGACAUUGAGGAGAUCGAUCAGAGGAUCCAGUCGGCGCUUCGUAGCGUUUCAGGCCAAAGUUCUGUGGAGGAAGGGGAGGGGCCCAAUCCCACCACCCCGCCGCCCCUGUGCCAUGCCCUGCGCAACUGUGGCCACCGUCUCAACCAGCUCAGGCAGCGGCUGAAGAGGGUGCAGUCGGCAGCGGGGGCGCUCGAGCGCCUCCUCGCCCCGCUACACGAGGCCGAUUCUGGGAUCUCCUCGCUGCGAGCUCCCCUAGACUCCCAGGAGCAGGGUGAGGUCCAGGAGGCCCGCGCCAGGCUGGCGUCGGUCCAAAAAGCGGUGCUGAAAGCGGGGCACGAGUCCCGGGGUGUGGACAGCCUGCUGAAGGCGGCGGGGAUGACGCUAACCAAAGACGGCGUCGUGGUCACAUGCCAGGAGGUGGCGGCGUCGGUGUUGCAGAGACUGGAGGAGGAGGAGGACGGCGACACGUGGGCAAGUGAGCAGGGACGGGGAACAGACGGAGGGUCGGUUGUCCAAAAAGAUGGAGGACAUAAACCAAAAGAGGAGCACGCUAGCCAAAGAAGAAAGGCUCCGGAGCAGGAGGAUGAGCCCGAGGCACAGAGGAGGAGGCGGCAGGGAGAGGCGGACGAGUCGAUCGCCCCAAGGGGGAAGGAACCGGAAAAGAGGGAGGGGGAGGAGAAGAAGCCUCCGGUCCAGAGGAGAAUGGCCCUCAUGCGGACGCUGAGGGAGGUACAGGCAGCCGUCGACCAGCAGGGACUGAAGGAGCCCACCCUUCCUGCUGUCCAACACAGGAUGCGCGCGCUGACAGACCUGGAACGUCGCCUGGACACGCAGCGCUCCGAGCUGCGGGGACUCCGGGCCGCGUACGCCGACUCGACGCACCCGGGAGCUGCCAUGGAGGAGCUGGAGAGCUUGUGGGGAGAGACGCAUCAAGCCGUCGCCGACAGACUGGACGAGUGCCGGUGCCUCACAGAGCUGCUGAAGAGCUUCCAGAGCGUCCGUGGUGUCGUGAGCGGCGCUCUGCAGCGUGCCGAGCGCACCAUCGGCCAGCAGGCCUCCUACCUGGGGAAAGACAACCUGCAGAGGCUCCUCACUAAGGUGGAUGCAGCUAAGGAGGAGCUGUGCGGACUUGGAGACGGGGUGGAGGAGAUCCGGAGUGUCUGCAGACAGCUGCAGGCUCAGCUGCGGAAGGUCCCGGACUGUGCCGACGCCGCCUUCGAGAGUGAAGCAGACACGCUCAUGGACCGCUGGCUGGAUGUGACUGAGAGAACGGACUCCCACCUCGACAGCCUGCGCGUGGGGUUGGCUCUCUGGGAGGGCCUGGUCCAGCUGGGUGGAGAAGUGGAGAGCUGGACCAAUAACAAGAUGGCGGCCUUUGCUCAGUCACACCCCUUCCAGAGUGACAAGGAGGUCGCAGCCAUGCAGGAGGAGCUCCAGGCCCAGGAGGAGAGCUUGGAGCGCUUUCACCGCCGGGUGUCUGAGAUCCAGGUUCUGUUGCAGAGCGAGGAGCCUCCUCUGGAACUACAGGUCAUCGAAACCCAAACGAGGAAGAAGAUGGAGCAGGUGAAGGAGUUCUUCUCGGAAACCCUGGACAUUUACAGACAGCUGGUGGCCGCUAAGGGGCUGGUGUCUGCCAAGAUGGCCGAAUGUCAGUCUUCUGUCCAGACGAUCCAGGAGUCCCUUGACAAACUCAGUGCCUCGGAUGCCUCCGAGUUGUAUGCACAGAUCCAGGAGCUGUCUGCCCAGCUGCAGACGCAGGCGCAGCAGGCAGACGGCUUCAUGGAGGAGCUGCAGCUCAUGGCCUCCGUCACCAGCCCAGAGAGCCUGCAGGACCUGGCUGCACGCUGCAUGCAGCUGCAGGAGAGCGUCGGCGCGGCGCGCCGCCUCGUAGCCGCCAAGUGCGAGCAGGCAGAGGAGGACAUGGAGAGGCUGGGGAGUCUGCAGAAGGAGUGUGAGCGUCUGGAAACAUGGUUAAAGGCAGCAGAGUUGAACGCAGAGAGAGCCAAGGAUGUUACCAGCCUGCAACAGGAAGUUCUUCAAAACAGCAAGCAAACAGAGGCCCUUGGUGAACUGAUUAAAUACUUACAUGGGAGCACGCUCAAGGAGUCCUCCAUACUACAGCACAGUGGCAGGCUGCUGGAGCACUUCCACAGUCUCCAAACCAACACACUGCUGUCCGAGGAGGACCAGCGACCUCUAGCUUCUGAGACCCGGGCCUUCCAGACCCUGGCUGAAAACACUGAGGCCUGGGUUACAGCUGUGCAACAACAAGCUGACUCUGUCGUCACGGAUGGUUCUGGCAGCCAAGGCCAGGCAGAGCAGAGAGUACUUGCUAUCCAGGCUAUCCUGAAUGUGACGACUGAAGGAGAGUCUCGUAUGGAGGACCUCAGGGUUACUGGACACAAGCUGCUUGAAAGACAUGGCGUUAGUGAGGACCAGAAACUGGAACUACUGCAGACCAUACGCAGCAUCGAGGAGCUGUGGAGGUCCAUGCAGCAGCCAGCAGAGCAACAUCACAGCCUCCUGCGGGCGGAGCCUGACCUCAGCUUCUACCUGGCCCAACGGCAGCGAGCGCGCUCCCGAGUUACGGAGCUCCAGCACCAAACCGACCAGCUCCCUCUGCUCUUCCCCUGGCCUGGAGCCACCCUGCGCAGGCAGACGUCCCUGCGGGCCCAGGAGCUGCUGGAUCGGACCAAAGCAUUGGGGCCCGACUUCUCCGCCCUGAAGGCCCAAAGGCAGAAGCUGGAGCAGCUGACCAAGGACCCCAUCUGGGAGGACUCUUCCUGGGCGUCCCUGGAGGACCGCCAGCCCCAGCUGCUCAGGGAGCUGAGAUGCCUGUGUGCCAUCCUCGAGGAGGGUGUGUGUAGAGAGGAGCGAUGUGGCCGGCUGGUUCAUGAUGGCCAUCGCACUCUGGGCUCCCUGCAGGAGAGGAGAUCCCAUUUGAAAGGGCAGCCUCGACACUUAUCUGAGCCGAAGGCCGAUCUCGAGGCCCUGGAGGCUGUGCGUCUUGAACUGGGAAGAGCAGAGAAGGACCUUGUGGAGCUGGUGUCUCUUCAGGGCUUCCUGUCGUCCAGCUGCACAGGUGAGGGCCAGGUCUCCCUGUCCCAGCAGGUCCAAGACCUCAAUGACCGCACGGAGGCUCUCGGCAGGACCCUGGAGAGCGACAUCAGGGAGAUCUGGGCUCAGCUGGAGGAGAAGACGUCUCAGUGUGAGCGGCAGCAGUUGGACAACGAGACCUUCAGCCUGCAGGGGGCACUGCAGGGCUUGUCUGAGCGUUUGGCCCGUCAAACGGAAAUUUCCGUGGGGGUCUUUGACGUCUCUCAGUUUGAACAGCGCUGGCACAGUCUACAGGACUGUGAAAAAAAGUUGAUACAGCUUGAAGCAAGAGUUCAUGACCUUCAGACAACAGGAGGGUCAAAUGUCAAAGACGAGAAACUUUCAUCAAAUAGGAUUUUGGUUGUGGAUGCACUAGCCAAAAACUUAGACAGUCUGAGGUCCAGUGUGUGUGACAAGCAGCAGCAGGCUGCAGCGGACACCGCCCGCCGCGUGAGGGAGACCACCUCCAGGCUGCAGCAGUGGAGCCAGGCGGCCCAGUCCCAACCACCACACUCCACCCAGGUCACACUUGAUGCAGGACGACAACUCAAUCAAGACCUGCAGGGGGCGCUCUCACGGCGGGACUUCCUGCGGAGCUGCCUCGGAAAGAAACGCACCAAGAAACUGGAGAAAAGUGCUUCCGAAACCCUUCGCCACAGCGAAGCUCUGCUUACAUCCCUCUCAGAGGCGUCUGGAGGUGGUGACUCUGCAGAAAUCCUGUUAUGCGACCGUGGAGUUUGUCAACCAGGCCCUUUUAAGACAGACACGGAUGAACAAUCCACAAGCAACAUGCCUGAUGUCAUCCAGGCUGUUGAGACACAACAAGACAUGGAUGAACCCCGUAAAGUUGCCACGAUCGUUCUGGACACGUGUUUAGAUUAUGUGGACAAUGGUGAUGACACUGUAAGUCAUUUCACUUCUUUUUCUGAGCAAGGUCAUGAGACUCCUGGGUUUGGGGGAACGGAUGAGGGGGUGGAUGGACGGUCAGAGGCCGCUACACACCUUUACAGUGUGUGCGUUGAACCAGAUACACAAGUAGCAGAACAAGGGGAUUCGGACACAUACACAAAACCGAUAAGCGACCUUCGGUCCGAGACCGAACCACAACACCAGAAGGAGACGAAGAAAGUGUUCACCAUCGUUUUAGACAUAAACCAACCUCAGUCAGAGUUUCAGUGUAGUCACGGUCAACUGUCUUCAGGAGGAAGUGGCUCGCAUCAAUUUACCUCACAGGACUCCGAGUCGUUUGACGUACAGGGUCACUCCUCAGUCCAGGAGGCCGCAGAGGGUCAAACUGAGAAGCCCACCAGGUCGACCAGGAGGGAGAGGAAAUGUACUGAAUCACAGGGCAUCGAAUGGGACGACAAAUGGAAGAGUGCUGAGUCAGAGCUCUUGGAACAGCAAAUGACUGAAUUAAAGUACACAAAACGGAAGGGGCCGAGACCGACAGAAGAUCAACCAAAACACUGUCAAAUGAAAGAUCUAAGUUCCAUGUCGUCGUGGGGAUCUGCAUCCUCGGACAUAAAGACAACGCAACAGGAACAGGAGGGGGGCCGAGCUGAGGAGGGCACGCUGGUCCGGGCUCAGCGGUCGUCAGCCCGUGCAGGAACAGCGGAAGCAGGUGGCGGAAUAGUGCAGCUGGAGUCCCCUCGCCACGCGUCGGCCAUGCGGGGAAUCCUCUCUGAGAUCCGAGGACUGGUGGAGAGAAGUGACAUCACCGAGGGAGGCCACCGAAUGGAGCCAGCAUGGUACCUUGCACCCUCGCCCAGAGAAGCAGAGACCAGGCUUGGCCGGACUGUCCUCAGCGCUCUAGGUUGCCGUUAUCAGCCGGCCCAGCUCAACCCUACUGCCAUGACCCAGCAACUGAAGGAGGCUGAGAGCUUCAGACGUUCCGUGCUGGAGCAGGUGGCUGUGAUGAGCAGUGUGAGCACCGAGGCUCGUGACCCGGAGGACGCACGGAGAACGGAGGGCCAAUGCAGCGCUGCCCUUCUGGAUGCCGCUGCCACAUUGCAGGUCAAAGAGGCUCAACUAGACCUGGUCACACAGUACCACGAGCAGAUGGGGGUCGUCGGAGGGCGCCUGAAAGGUCUGGCCUCCGAGCUGGCCGGGCUAACCUUGGAGGCUUUGGGAAGCAAUGCCCUUCAAGUUGAGAAGCUCAGCCCCCUCCUGCUGACUCUGAGGCAACAGAAAGCCGCGCUGAGCGAGCUGCUGCAGCUGUGCGGCCAAGUGUCAGGUUACCUGAGCGAGUCGGAGGGCCCGGGGGCUCUCCUCGCCCGUCUCGGAGAGCUUCAGGAGACGUGGAAGCUGAUGGAGGCGACCUGCACCAGGACGCUGUGGCAUGGCCUCGUUUCCUCCUCUCAGGCGGAUAACCUACUACGAGAGGCCGAGCGGUUGCGUGCCGCGCUCCAAGCUGCUUCCCAAUCAUUCCAAACGCAGCGAGGCGCCCCCCGUGCUUUCGAAAGGAUUUCGAUGUUUGCUGACCUCCACGUUUUUAACCAACAGUACACACAUCUCCUGUGCGUGUCCGAGGAGCUCAGUGAGUUUGGACUAGGACAGGAGGAGAGAGAGGCGAUGAGCCAGGUCUUUCAGGGCUUGAAGCAGUUGCUUGAUCUCACACAGAGCGAGCUCAAUGCUCAGUCUCCUGAAAUUGUCAGCGACUCUCUGUCUAAAAUCAUUCAGCGGACACGGGACAGGGUCGUCUGGGCCAAACGCACCCAGAACCUUCUCACCUCGGGGAAAAGGCUGGCCCUCUUCCCCGAAGAGGCUCGUGUACAAAUCGCGGGGAUGAGGAAACAGCAAACGGAGAUUGUGUCCGUGCGGUCGAAGGUUCGAUCCGAAACAGGAGACGUGAAAGCCCUAGACUCGAUCCUUGGAGAGGAGGAGAUGGAGAAAGUGUUGAACUCACUGAAGACCCUGGAGGACCUUUGUGCAGGCGUCGCCGACAAUUGCGCUCACACGCUGGAGGAGAUGGAGAAAACCCUGCGGGGGAGAGAAAAGCUAUUCGCCCAUAUCACAAAAAUGGAUACGUGGCUCGUGGCCUCGCAUAUUGAAAAAGAAACGUCCACAGAUGUGUCUCCGGCCUGCAUCUCUGACCUGGAGAGAAAGGUCCAGUCCCACCAAUCUGCCCUGAAGGAUGUCGAAAGACAGAUCUCUUUCAUUGACACCCUUUUGGAAAAAGCCAAGGAGAUGGCUCCAGGCAUGACCCCGGCCGAGAGCCGCUACCUGGUGAACAGGCUCGCUGGCCUUCGUCUGGAACUGGACGGGAUGCUGGUCCACGAGAGGGCGACUGUCUGGGAACUGGAAGAGCUUCUGCACGCUCAGAUGUCUUCUGCUGAGGAGCUAGCCGCCGUCCGAACGAGCUUGAGCCAGAUAGCAGCUGAUCUGGGGAGGCAGAGCUUCCCAGUAACCAGAGCCAAUCUCUGGGCCACUGAGCCCUCGAGGCGCCUGCUCCUGGAGCAUCAGUGUCACAUACAGGAGCUCCAGCACUGCCAGAAAGUGCAGAAAGGCGCCCUCUUGUGCACCAUCGCAGAACUGCAGGAAAAGAUCAAAAAUCUCGACCUCCACGCCCCGGAGCAUGAGAAGUACCUGCGCCUUAGGAAGCACGUGGAAGAUUCCAGAGAUAAGGUGAAGGGACAGAUCCAAAUGUCCAAAGACACAAGUGUCGAUGUGGGCGAGAGGUUCAGGCUAUGCCAAACUCUUCUGGUAGAACUUCCCCUGGUGAAGAAAGAAUGCCAAGAGGCAGCGGACCAGUUGGAGGCCAUAUCUCAGGACUUGUACCCAUCCCAGCUCACCUCAGAGAGGCAGAAGAUCCGCCGGACAGUGGAGAACCUCCUGUCUUGUGAACUCACCAUCACCAACGACAUCAAAAUGCUGGAGGGGAACCUUCUAGAAGGUCUCCAUUUCUGCUCCGAGUACAAGGCCAUGAUGGACCUUCUUCACCAAAGCUGUCAGGAGUUAAAAGAAGCUGGGCCGGUUGCUCCGGAUGAAAGCGUGAUCGAUUUAGAACUGCAGGGCUGCUGGGUAACUUGGAGGAACUUGGAGUCUGGGAUGAGGGUGUUGGAAGCACUGGGACAGAGAGAACGCAUGUUUGAUGAACUGUUCACCCUGAGGGAGGCCAGCAUGCAAGAGUGCCGCGCACGUAUGGAGAAUUUGUCUCAAGCCCGAGAAGCCCUGAAGGACUACCACUGGGCUGCGCAAGGAGCUGUCGCGUUCCUUCACAACGCCAAGGCCACCUUCCUGUCCCCUUCUGGAGGGUUCCUGGACUGUACUGAGGAGCUAAUGCACACCCAGCAGUCCCUGGCCUCCUUCCAGGAGGGGAUCCAGGCCCACGUCUCCCAUCUCCUGGACGUGGUCCCCCAGCAAGCCUCCCGCGUUCUCGCCUUCCCCCCGACGGAGCUGCUCCACGCCCGGGUCCUGAGUCACGUGCUGGUGGGCAGGGCCACCCUGGAGGCUCAGUCUCAGCUCCGACUGGAGGCUCUGAAGAGGUGUGCCGACAGACAGCAGCUGCAUGUGAAGUGUCAUGGGGAGGUGUGGCAACUCCUGACCGCCUCCGAGACCAGACUCUCCGAGUGUGCCGCCCUGGAUGUGACCUCACUCUCCAAGUGUGUCCAGCAACAGAACAAAGCCGAGGCCCUGGCGGAGGAGGUGCGAGGCCUGGCCGCGAGGCUGAAGGAGCUGAAAGCGGGCUGCCCGGCCCAGGGCUGCAGCGCGGGCACAGAGGGGGCCCUGGGGGCCCUCUGGAGGCGCUGGUGGCUGCUGCAGCACGGGGUCAGCCUCCUCCAGGCUCACGCUGAGCAGAAGAAAGAGGAGUGGAGAGACAUCGGCAUCAGCAUUGAGCAAUGCAGCAGGACCUUAAGCAGGCUCAAGGCCAACUUGCCCGACGGUUCAACUGUGAGCUCCACCCCAGGGGAUCCACGUGACUUGUUAGCCCAGGCAGAGGAGCACCAGACUGGGCUGGAGGAGGCUCAGGGAGCAUUGGCUUCCCUGGAGCACCGCCUAGCGCUGCUGCUGGGUGUGUCCAUCCCACAGGAAGCAUCCAUCCUUGUUCCAGUCUGUCAGAUGAUGGUCAAGAUGCAGGAGAGCUGCAGGAGCCUGACAGAGAAGAGCCUGCUGGCUCGUAAGGCUGCUCAGUCCGAGGUGCAGGAGAGACAGCAGUGGCAGGAGAAGAUCAGAGAUGUGGAGCAGCAGAUGGACACCCUGCCCACCAUCCUGGACACCCUGCCCAGCGGCCGUCAACAGCAGGAGGGAAGACUGACCUUGGCUUCCCAGAAGGCUAAACUGCGGAGCAUCAUGGAAGGUGUCAGGGCAAGGUACACCGAGGUACCCAUGGAGAUCAGCAAUCAGAUACAGGACGUCACUUGCACUCUACAGGAAAUGGAGCAGAAGUUUACGCUCACCCUGGAGAGAAACAAUUCCCUCCAAAGGCUGACCCAUAAGAUAGGAGAGGUGGGGGUUGGACUUGAGGGCAUUCAGACUUUACUGAGCCAGAGGAGUUCCACAUUCCAUGAGGCGGAAAAGACACUUAAGCGAGUGUGGGACGAGUUGGACGCGUGGCACAGCCGGCUGACCGCCUUGGAGGUGGAGGUGCAGGACUUGUCAGAGGAGCAGCCGGAACAAGCCCACCUCCUCAUGGACCAGCUGAUCCAGCCCCUGCAGCUCUACCAGGACACGGCCCAGCAGGCCGAGCAGCGCACCGCCUUCCUCAGCAGGGUCCCUGCCUGCUUUCAGGAGUACGAGGACAUGCUCCACAGCGCCUCCUGUUGGCUCGCGGAGGCCCAGUCCUGGCUCGCCAGCACCUGUACCUACACCACAGCUAAGAACCUGCAGAGUCAUGCCAACACGCUGCAGAUGGUUCUGGAUGAUUCCGAGAGGAUCAGAGCCACUCUGGACGGCUUCAGGCCUUCCCUGCAGGAAAUCUCUGCCGUGUGCAACACGGACGCUCUGGAGGAGAGGCUGGCUCAGACAGACCUCCAGGUCGACGCCAUGCAGCGCAGAGUCAUCCUGCCCCUGGACCAGCUCCUCCACGUCUCAGCUGAGAUGGAGUCCAUCGAAGCAGAGCUGAAGGCCAUGGAGAAGAACGUGAGCAAGAUCCGAGCCAUCUUAUCGUCGGUGGACUCUCCUGACGUCUCACUGGAGGAGCACCUCCGCAACCGACAGGUCAUCCUGGCCAACAUCCAGUCCAUGCGGAGGACGGUGGAGGUGAUGGAGAGCUGCAAAGCCCACCUGGGGCUCCCCCCCAGGGCGGAGGAGACCCUGGCUGCCUUCCCGAGGGCCAGGCAGCUCCUGCAGCCCCUCCAGGAGCUGGAGGAGCUCACACAGAGGCAGACUGCCCUGCUGGAGUUGUCAUCCUCUGACACACUUACCAGCAGUCUCCCUGAGGACCCAGAUGAGACCCUUGGGGAGCAUGAUCAAGCAGAGACCACAACCACUCAGAGUCACCUGGACCUUCACAUGCAGAAACCUCCUUCUGUCACUAAGAAUUCUGAGUCAUCGGAAACCUAUUCCAAAGCCGUUGCGAGAGAUUCAAGUGACGCACCAGAGUUCUGUCAAGUCACCGCAGACCCAGCACAAUCAAACACCCUAUCACUACCCACACCGCCAGAGCUCGUGGUAAACAACACAACGUCCGAAGCCAACCACACCGCAUCGGUACCCAAGGAGACCACAUCCAUCACAAGACCAGCAAGACCUGAGACGACUGGAUCAGUGACCGUGGAGGCACAAUCAGUACCGGGGACCGGUUUGGUAACCAAGGCAACUGCUUCUCGACCGAAAGCGGGCCAAGCCGCGGGACCCACGUGUGACACGGUGACGCACACCGUCCAGACACACACUCCGGCCUGUAGGGAGGAGGCCCAGGUCGUCCCUGUGCGUCCUACCCCCCCCUUCAGCCCCCACCUCACACACGUGGACGGGUCUCACGACGCACCAAGACACGACCACCCACACUUGGGAUCCCAGAGCGAGCGGGGGGACGUGGAGAGCAUGAUGGAGACACACAGCAGCCUGGCAGACCAAGCUCACCACACCGCUACCCUCACACAAAGCAGACCCGAUGCCGUGUCCUGGUUUGCUGAGGAAGAGGAGGGGAGGAGGAGAUGGGCACGUCUCCACUCACAGCUCUCCGACAAACUCGGCAUCUUAAGAAAGAUUCAGGAAGAGAAUGAGGCUGUAGUCGGUUCAAAGGAAGCAUUGGCCGAGGAGAAGGACCCAGGGCUGAAGACAGAGGAGGGCAUUGACUUUGUUGCUCUUCAGGAACUGCAGAAGUGUGUCGCGACCCUUACACAACUGAGACACAGGGGCAGUGGGAUAGCAGCAGGGGGUAGCUCAGGGGGCGGUUAUAAUCCCAUACAGGAUGGUGAACUGUACUCGUCUCUGAGUGGGGUGGUCCUGUCCAUGGACGCUCUAACUGACCAGCUCCUCCGCCCUCCGGGGGCGACCGCAGACCACGCCCAGAUGAGACUGCUUCUGUUGGAGUGUAUCUCCACAGAGUUGGUUGUCCUGGGUGAUGAGCUGAACGCGGCGAGUUCACAUGUCAGUCCGGCCCUUUCCACCGAAGACCCGGGAGGACUCGAGUGUUUGAACAUACUGGAUGGAUGCCUGCAAACGGCCCAGUCUGUUCUUUUCUGCUCCCAGAACCGGCUACACACUCAUCUGGGCCAGGCACAUGAACAUCAGGCAGGGCCCAAGGAACAGGAGGGCCCACUGUGUGUGUUUGAGGAGCUUACACGUGUACACGGACACCCUGUUACACCCGUCCAGGAUGCCCCCAGUCUGGAGUGCAUGCUGAUCAGCCAAUGGAGGAAAUGGCCAGAGGACACCACAGACACACAGCGGGUUUCCCACGCCCUCCUGCAGGGGCUGGCCAGUCUGGUGGAACUGGGCCAGGAGCGUGUCGCCUAUAGUCAGGACUGUCAGCCUGACAGCCGAAGCCAGCUGCAGAACCUGGUCUGCAGACACAAGAAGUUCUUCAACAUCCUGGGGUCGCGGCUGGCGUUUGGCCAGAGGUUAUUCCAGGACAGGUCACAGGGGGCACUGCAAGACCUGGAAGAUGAAUGGCUUGAGCUGGAACACAGAGCCCAAUCGCUUCAGCAACAGGCGCUGGAGCAGAGAGUCACCCUGCAGAAGAGACUCCAGGACUGGAGCCAGUGGGAGGUGGGUUGUGAGCGUGUAGGGAGACUGCUUGAGGAGUUAGAAGCUCUCAUCCCCGGGGCGGACCCUGAAGAGGAGGAGAUGGACAAUCAGCUACAGCACAGGCUAGAAGCCUGCCAGCGAGUGCUCGACCUUCUCCUGGAGAGCAGGCCCACCUUGGGCUGGAUCCUGGACGCGGGAAAGGUCCUGCAGGCGGGGGGCUGCAGUACCCGGGUCAGCAGGACAGGGGGAGCUCUGGAGCUGCGCUGGCGAGGCGUCCGCAGCAGGGCACAGCUGGAGAGCAGACGCAUCCGGGACAUCCAGGAGAACUGGGCCAGGUUCCAGAAAGACUCUGUGGUGUUCACUGAGUGGACCGAGGGUGCCCACCAACGCCUGGAAUCCUUGCGGUCGGGUCUGGCGGAAGCAGAACCUGCAGACAAAGAACUUAACCCUAGCCAGCUCAUCCAUCUUUUGGAUUUCUCUAUGGAGCUGGAGGCCAGGUCGGCCCAGAGGGCCUCAGCUCUCCGGGCCGGCACCUCUGUGCUUCAGCUGAAGGAGGCUGACUCCCCGGUCCUGCGGAGGAGUCUGGCCCAGCUGGAGCACAGCUGGACCGGGGUCUCCUCCACGCUGCCGGACGCCCAGGAGAAGCUCCAUCAGCUCCUAUUGGACCGUUGGCCACCAGAGGAAGUGAUGGUGGACCUGGAGACCUGGGCGAGCCAGGUAGAGGUGCGUCUGGAGGAGGAGAGAGAGGGAGCCCUCAAAGCCUGCCGUGGAGACCAGCUCACCCAGAUACUCCAGCGCUACCAGGAGCUGAAGGCAGGAUUGGCCAGUGGGCAGCUCACCCUGGACUUCCUGUGCCAGUCUGGGCCCCGGGCGACGCUAUCCACCGCCCAACGCUCCGAGCGCACCCUCUUCGCCGAGCGUCUGGGUGAUGUCAACCUGCACUGGCUCCUUCUUCAACGGGAGCUGGACAUCCAGAUGCGCGAGGCAGAGCGCCUGCUGCACGCCUGCGUCGACAGAGAGACCAAGCUGCGACGCAUACGCAGCCGGGUGGAGCUCCACUCACAGAGGCUGGGGGAGUGGCUACGACCUGUCAGUCAAAUCCAGGCUGCCAAGGCCCUGUCUGAGUGGGAGCCCAUCGAGGAGAGGGUGAAGGGGCUGUGUGCGGCGCUCCAGGACCUCAGAGCAGUGCGGGUGUGUGACGACCUGGAGCAUCCCAGUGACCAGGCCUUCAGUCAGCAGGCUGAGAUAGCUGAUCAAGCCUGUAGUGCCCUCAGCCAACAGGUUCAGUCCCUGAAGCCAGCUCUGCAGCAAGUCUUAGAAGAGUGGGGACGAUUUGAGCAGAAACUGAGUGAAGUUUCCCUCCUCGCCACUAGAGUGCGCUGUACUUUGGAGCACUCUCGCGCUCCACUUCUGUCCUCCAACCAAGUGAAGGUGAACGUAGAACAUUUGCAGAUGAUCCAGGAGGAUGCUGGGAAGGGGGUCAAGGUUCUGGCUGCUGUGGACCAAUUAUAUUCCAGUCUGAGAAUUCUGGUCAGCCCUGACACGGCUCAGCUCCUCUCUGAGAAGGUGGAGGGAGAGCGAACACGGUGGAAGGCGGUAGGGCAGGAGGUCGAGGAGGAGCUGCGGAGGACCAGGGAACUACACUUCCACUGGCAGGAGUACAGCCGCCUCUCAGGCCCCUGCGUAGACAGCCUGCGACAGCACCAAGAACAGUGGAGGGAGCUCGUGAACUCCCCACCCAAACCCCAGGGUGCCCAGGAUGGCUGUCGAGAGGAGCAGAUUGUAUCCAUCAAGAACCUGCAAGGAGAUUUAGAGACUCUGCAACCCAACAUGGGCGAAGUUCUCAAGGCCUCCAAAAUGCUCAUUGGGCAGCUGGACCCGCUUGCAGCCUCACUCAUCCAAUCAGAGACCAGGCUGCUUUCACGUGACCUCCUGCUUUUGAGUCAGAUGUUGCUGGGGAAACAGAGACAACUUCAGGAGGACCUAGACCAACAACAGAUGCUUGUAAACAAUUUAGAAGCACUUGAGAAGGAAACUAAAGACUCCCUGCAAAGGCUGACAACUGAUGUGUGUGAUAUCGACUCCGCGAAGAUGGCCCUGUGUGAACUGAGCAACCUGCUCCCUAAACUGGCUGACCUCUCAGGGAUUGGCUGCCGCGCGUCCGCAAAUGAGCGAGAAGCCGAGCGCGUGCAGUCCCUCGCCAGCCAGUGGAAGCACGCCCUCCUGCUGGCAUCAGCUAAACACAGGGAUAUCGAGGAUCAGGUUGAAGGGUCUGUGAGUGUUCAGCAGAAGUUGCACACCUGGGAAAGCUUCCUGGACGAGUUGGAGGAGGCUUUGGCAAGAGACACUGCCAAAAACUACUCUGGCCUUCUUGACAUGCUGACUGUCCAUCAGCGGCACCAGGUUGAAAUAGCUAACAAGCACCACAUUUUCAGAGGUGUUGUCUACAACGCCGCAAGCUCCCUGGAUAACGAUUUGCCAGAGGAAAGGUCGGAGCUGAUCCGAGGGCUGUCCCAGCUGAGCGAGAGAUGGAAGGGCAUCGCGGGGCCAUUCAGGCGGCGCGGGGCGCAGGUGCAAGGGCUGAUGGGCCAGUGGAGGCUCUAUAGGCGAGGCGUGAGAGUGCUGUGGAGGCUGAUGAAGGACGUCGACCCCCUCCUUCCCCCUGCCGGGCUGGCCAUGUGCAGUCUCCGUCAGCUACGACGCUCACUGAACCAUUUCGAGCACAUUGAGGAGACCCUUCGCCUCCACGAGAGCGUCCGGGAAGACACUCUGGAGGCGGGCAGGCGGCUGAGUGAGUCCAUGACGGAGCCCCGAAUGCAGGGCCAGCUCCAGACGCAGCUGCAGGCGCUGCAGGAGGCCUGGCUGCACGCCCUGGGCCAGCUGGGCAAGAGGAGGGCGCUGGUCCACACGGUCCUACAGAAUUGGGAGCGGUGUCAGGCCGGACUAGCAGACAGCGCCCGCACCCUGAGGCAGCUGAAGGCCAGACUAGAGCAGCCGCUCCCAGAGAGACUGGAGGAGUUAGAAAGUCAAGAAAAGAUCAUUCAGGAGACGGAGGCCUCUCUGGAGGGUUGGGCGGCCGGGCUGAGAGACAUAGCCGCCAUGAAGACAGACCUGUCCCAGUACGUGGUGGCCGGGGACGCCUCCUUACUGCAGGAGCAGGUGGAGGCUCUUCACAACCAGUGGGAGGAACUAUGUCUCAAGGUGUCCCUGCGCAGGCAGGAGAUCGCCAACCGCCUCAGCGCCUGGAUCAUCUUCAACGACAAGAACAAGGAGCUCAGCGACUGGCUGGCCCAGAUGGAGAACAAGGUGGCCCACAGCGGAGACCUCAGCAUCGAGGACAUGGUGGAGAAGCUGAAGAAGGACUGCAUGGAGGAGAUCGACCUGUUCAGCGAGAACAAGAGCCACCUGAAGCGCCUGGGGGAGCAGCUGAUGUCGGCAGGCGACCAGGCCAGGCAGGCCCAGGUCCAGGGCUCGCUGCGGGACGCUGGCGAGCGCUGGCAGGCCCUCUUCCAACACAUCGAGGCCAGGGUGAGGAAGCUGAAGGAGACGCUGGUGACCGUGCAGCAGCUGGAUAAGAACAUGAGUAACCUGCGCUCCUGGCUGGCCCGCGUGGAGGCCGACCUCUCCACACCCGUCACCUACAGCGUGGUUCACCAGGACGAGAUCCAGAGGAGGCUGGCUGAGCAGCAGGAGCUGCAGAGGGACAUCGAGCAGCACACGGAGGGCGUGGCGUCCGUGCUGACGCUGUGCGACGUGCUGCUCCGCGACGAGGACGCCUGCGGCAGCGACACAGCGAGCGACUCCGUCCAGAAGACCACCCGCAGCCUGGACCAGCGCUGGAGGAGCAUCUGUGCCCUGUCGCUGGAGAGACGCUUGAGGAUCGAGGAGACGUGGAGGCUGUGGUGUAAGUUCCUGGACGACUACUCGCGCUUCGACGACUGGCUGAAGACGGCGGAGCGGACGGCCGCCAGCCCCAAGUCCUCCGGGGUCCUCUACACCGUCGCCAAGGAGGAGCUCAAGAAGUUUGAGGGUUUCCAGAGGCAGGUCCAUGAGCGCCUGACUCAGCUGGAGCUGGUCAACAACCAGUACCGCCGUCUGGCCCGAGAGAACCGCACUGACCGGGCCAGCAAGCUCAAAGUCAUGGUCCACGAAGGCAACCAUCGCUGGGACACGCUGGCUAGGAGAGUGGGGGCCAUCUUGCGCAGACUAAAGCAUUUCACCGGCCAGAGGGAGGAGUUUGAGGGCACCAGGGAGAGCAUGCUGGUGUGGCUGACGGAGCUGGACCUGCAGCUCACCAACGUGGAGCACUUCUCCGAGAGCGACGUGCACCACAAGAUGCGGCAGCUCAACAGCUUCCAGAAGGACAUCACCCUGAACACGGAGCGCAUCGACGGCCUGAUCGUGUCCGGGGAGGGCCUGAUCCAGAGGAGCGCCCCUCUGGACGCGGCCCUCAUCGAGGACGAGCUGGAGGAGCUGCACUCCUACUGCCAGGAGGUGUUCAGCAGGGUGGUCCGCUUCCACCAGCGCCUCACGCAGCCCCCCACUCUCAUUGAGGAGCUUGAACUGUUUGACUCCUCCCUGGAGGGGAGCUGUGAGCUGGUUGGCCGACCCUGGCUGGGGCGGGGUCCGGGAAGCACCCCAGCCACGCCCACUCACCUGUUAGCCCCUCCCCUGGAGCGCUCGGGCCGAGAGACCCCGGCGAGUGUGGACUCUCUCCCUCUGGAGUGGGACCACACGGGGGAUGUGGGAGGGUCUUCGUCGCAUGAGGAUGAUGAGGACGACCGCGAGGGAGAGGGGCCGUAUUUCAGUGCCCUGUCAGAUGUAGAGGAGACAGAGAGUUCUGAGGCGUUUGUCCAAGCCACAGGGCAGGCACUAGGACCCCCCGACUCCGUUCCAGGCAGGUCCACGACCAACCCAGAGUCCGCAGCUUGGUCUUCUGCUGGAGACCAAGAGAGGAAAUCUCUCUAUCUGGACGCAGAAGACGACCUUGACUCCUCACCAGGCCUCACCAGCACCCCCUUCAAGCAGGGCUACUCUCGUCUCAUGUCUGAGUGCAGCGGCAGCCUGAACAGUGUGAAACGUGUCUCUCUCAUCCUGGACGACGAGGAACAGCCAGACGAGCAGGGCCUCACGAGCCUGACGGUGGCAGACAAACAGUCAGGCGUGAUCGAGCGCUGGGAGCUUCUCCAGGCUCAAGCCAGGAGCGAAGGGCAGCAAGGCCCUCGGGAUCAGCAGCAGCUGACCUCUGACCUGUGUGACAUCACUUCCUGGUUGGGACGGGUCAACCCUGAACUGGAUCGACUCAAGCGGUCAGACACGUCGGCUGGUAUCCAAGACUUGGAAGCUAGGGUCAAACAGCUCAAGGAGAUGCAGAAGGACUUCACCCGCUACAAGGCUGUCAUGCUCUCGCUGAACUUGGGGACGCGAGGACAGGGGGGCACCCACGAGGGGCGGGAUGCCCAGACGCUGCAGGAAAGCCUGGGCACCAUGAACCAGGGCUGGACCCGGGCCUGCGCCCGCCUGGGGGAGUGGGAGAGCAGCCUGCGCCACACGCUCAUGCGCUCUCAGGAGUUCCACCAGACCCUGCACUCCCUGCUCCUGUGGCUGGCCCACGCGGAGAGCCGGCGCUACGCCGUGGACAUCCAGCACCCCGAAACCCUGCCCAGAGCCUUCCUCGAGCACCACAACACACUCACCGGUCUGCAGGAGGAGCUGCGUGGUCGCCAGGCCCAGGCGGCCUCCCUGCAGGGCCUGUGGGCGGAGCUCCAGCCCGAGGAGGGGGGCGGCGAGGAGAGCGACGAGGCCAGGGAGAAGCUCCACGUGACGGCCAACAAGCUGCGCCUGCUGCUGAGACAGGUGGGCCAGGACCUGGGCACGCUGCGGCAGCGCAUGGAGUCAGAGGGUGUGUGCCUGCCCCGUGCUGAGGGGGGGGUCGGCGCCCAGGACGGAGCCGCCCAGGACGGAGCCGCCCAGGACGGAGCCGGCAGAGGCUCUGCAGAGGGCUCUCCAGAAGACGACCAGAGCAGGAGAAGCUCCACAGACACCAGAAGGGAGGAGAAGAGGGACCCGUCGCCACCGCGCUCCUUCUUCUACCGGGUCCUGCGCGCCGCCUUCCCCCUCCACGUGCUGCUGCUGCUGCUGCUGGUCCUGGCCUGCCUGGUGCCUUUCACCGAGAACGACCAAAGCUGCACCCUGGCCAACAACUUUGCCCGCUCCUUCUACCCGAUGUUGCGCUAUACCAACGGGCCGCCACCCACCUAACUUCUCACGCCGAUAGAGCCGCAGAUAGAGACGUUCACACACACAAACACACGCAUACACACACGUUGCCACACACACACACAGUUGCCCUGCUUCCAAAGCAAACCCAUCCGGAUACCUAAACUCUCCUCGACAAAGCAAGAGGGAUUGCUACCGUCCAAAAACAAAUCAAUCGUUUCUAAUGUCUAUAUUUCGAGAUUAAAUUGUUAUACUUGUAUUUAUUCCCUUGAAAAAGCCAUACCUCUCUAAAAUGUGCUGUUAAAGGUACUGUUGAAUUUGUACUUCGUGUUUGUGCUGCCCCAGGCUGGUUUCAAAUUCAUCCCGAACAUCGCAACAUGAAUUAAUCAAACGUACGAGUUUUUUUUUGCCUAAUGAUUCCCAAGUGUUAGGGAUGCUUCUGCCAAUUUUAAUCAUACCAUCCAUGCAUUUGCUUUACAAUAUGUUUUACCCAUUUCAUUGUAUUGAAAUCAUUCAAAAAUGCCUAGAUACAAUCAGUGUUUACGAGUUAAUACACGCUUCGUGUCCAAAUUGUAUGAAAUGUUUCUUCCUCCUGGACAUAGAAAAGCAGUUGGGUCAGUUGCCCCAUAACAUCCCAUAACAUGGUAUGCCAGAUAGUGUGUCUUACACACCGCUUCAGAUACAGAAACAACAUCUCAGUCGUUAUAACGUCCAGGUGGAUUGUGUCCAUUUGUGACUGGUGAACGGAAAGCCCCUGAAAUGUAAAAGUGAAUCACUUGUGUGACUCACAUGCUAAUCUAACCAGGAGCGUUUCCAUAUCUCAUGAGUAGACCUACAUGUGAAUACUCAACGAGGAAAAUGAACACUCCUGAUGGUCCGUUCGCUGAGUUAAACAUGACAGGAUUGUUUUACCCUGUUGUUUUUUUUUUAUUGCUGUCAAUUGCUCUACUCGUACUCCUCUCUCUCUCUCUUUUUAUGGAAGAGAAGGAGGAGAUAUCCCUUGUGUGGUGUUCAUAUUAUUGUUACUCACCCAAUGGUCCCUCAACUGAAAUGGGUUAAAAAACAAUACAGCCAUAACACAUUGUUUUUACAGUGUAUCGAAAUAAUGUGUUGAAAUAAUGAAUGACACUAACAUUGUGCAGAUGACCCAAGGGCCAAAAUGUCUCAGGUUGAAAAAGUAAUUAAUUGUAUUUUUCUUUAACAUACAAAAUUUGUCCCACAGACCCAAACACCACACAGCUGUUAAUUAAACACUGGAUAACUAUGUUGUAGCAAUCAUGCACUGGUAUAAAUAUUAAUCACAAUACGACCAGUCUAAUACAAUCGCAAUUUUUUACUUACACGUUUCAAAUCUUUUCAAAACAAUGUGUUGUUAUCUUGUUUCAAAUCUUUUCAAAACAAUGUGUUGUUAUUAACUGACUGAGAAAAUCAUUUUCCAUCGCUCCUAGUGCAUAGGACACUUAAACCUUUGAACAGAAUAUAUAUUUCAAGGCCUAAAUAAAACAAUAUCCAUAUUU